AUGGCGGUGUCGGGAUCGGAGUCAGGGACGUCCGAAGGAAAGUUGAGUAUUAGUUCAGGGACAUCAAGCCACAAUUCGUUUUCUUCCUCCUCUUCACCCUCCACAGAGGGAGGAAUACAAGCGGAUGAGCCAGCAGCGGAGACUGGCACGAGCAGUAAGAGCUCAGCUGCAGGUGUCAGCCCGGCGGCCGAUUGCACAAAUGGGCUGGAAGCAGAAUAUGCUUUACGGCGUAUAAGCGUCGGGUCACACAAGAAAAUAGAUGCAGGCGAAGCGGAGAUGCACGGCAAAGGCGAGAACCAAGUUGGAGGAAGUAAUCAGCUUUUGAAAGAUUCACCAUGUGUGCAUGUCAGUAGGAGGGCAGAAGAACCAAAAGUGCAGGGGGGACAACCGCGUGGACGGAGAGAAAAGCAACAGGGCCCCACCAAUGAAAACACGAACUCUGGCCCCGGGUCAGCCGACGCUGCAUCGCGGCUACGGUUCCUUGAAGAAAUGUUGCUUCACAUGACCGCUCUAAACAAGGAGCUAGAAAUGGAUCUCACGAAAACGAAGAAGGAGCUUCGGGAAUACAAACAAGCCUUUCAACGGUCGCACUCUCGUACAGCUUACGAAACACCUACUCAGUCAGUGAAUGCACGAAACGUUGACUCGGAGUGGGGGGAGAUACGCAGCAGGGAUGCAUUGUAUCCGGUGGCACGCACGAGGGAGGCGCAGCGACGGCAAUGUCAUGUGGAUCCGCAUUCGGACAUUAGGGGCAGUCGGGCCGCAUCGUCAAGACCAUCUGCCCACCGCCGGGCGGGGGCUGACGGGCGCUUAGAGAAAAGGAUUUCAUCUAGUGCAUUUGGUACGUGCCCACCGAAGGGAGUAGGAUCAACUCGGGUUACCAAAGAAGCAGUUUCUGGUCGGGAACUGAGUCGUGGUAGGAGUGGGGCUGUAAAUGGCUUGCUUCGUCACCCCUCCGCACAACGGAGGUACUCCACGGCUCCGACAGUUGAGGCCCGACCAUCAGGAGUGAUGUCACGCGGGGAACAUUCGCGGCAGUGCGGCCAAGUUCGCGACUACUCUCAAGAUUGCAGAGAUGCCCAUGGUAGGAAGUCCGAGCCGCGCCGCGAGAACUCUGGGCCCUGCGCGGGUCGCCGAAAAAGCAGGUCACCACAACCAAUCCAAAGGGAUCCUUCGAAUCACAGAAAAGCUCCGCGGAGGAGCCCAGGAUCCGCUCCACAACCACCAUCAGGCACUCAGACAGUAAAACUGCGGGGAGCGAGGCCCACAGGGUCAGUGGCAGGACCCUGCAGUAGAAGCAGGUCGGCACCGAAGCAGAGCACCGAAGUUGUUAGCAUACCGGCGCCUUUGCCAAGGAAUCAUAGAAACGCAUCAGCGACGGCUACAGUUGCACCAGGUCGAGGUCGGUCGUCCAGGAACUUUUCCCAUGCAGUAGCAACGGCAGGUAAACCGACCAGCAAGCACGCGGCCAGUGGUAGAGCCGUUCCCCGUUCUGUGGAAAGCACUCUAACUCAGACUCAGACCGUAACUCCUGCCCCAGAAGGUAAUAUAGAGGAUGUAGCGGCGCUUCAGCGGCGGUAUUGGCAGCAAUCACGAGACAUCUUAGAGCAGCUUAACCGGUUGCUGGAAGAAGAUUAA